CAUCACAUUAGAGAUGUUCACGGGGUUCUUUAAUGUAAUAAUGAGAUUGAUCCUAUCAUCAUCUAAUUUUUAUUGCACUAUUUAUAUGGGAAAACUCAAUGGCAUGGUGAUGGUGAGGUACGAUAAAUUUGGUCAUCAUCCCUAGCUAUAAGUUAUAGAAAAAUGUACCCUUACUUCUGCUAAUAACAUAGGACUAAAUUGAAAGCUCAUAUCAUUUGUGUCCCAAAGAACAUCCCGACUGUAUGGUUUAUGGCUAAUUCUUCAGAUCCCACCAUUUGCUCUGCAGCUCUUCCGAUUCCCAUUGAUCUUUUCCUCUCCAAAGAACAUCCCCACUACCUCACUAAUUCCUCCGGCGAUAUCAUCUACAAAAUCAAUCGUCAUGCUUUCAAAUCUUCGUCAGUUGACAAGAUUCUACUGCCUCACGCCGAUGCCGCUGAUCCUCUCAUUUCCAUUUUUCGCGUUAAUAAAGAAUCUUGGGAAGGAUUCAAAGGAGAUGUUGGUGAGGAGAAUUUGCUCUUCAAAGUGCAAAGAACACUCAACAAACUUAGAAGAACUGAGUUUUCAGUCUUCCUAGUCGGUGGAAAUUUAGACGACCCAAAUACGAGCUUCGAGAUGAAAGGCUGGCCGUUUCAAAGAUCCUGUACUGUAUAUAGCGGCAAUACUAUAGUGGCCCAGACAAGCCUAAUGCACAAACUUCAUCAAAUUUGGGUCAGAAGGGGAAGAUUUCGACUGACCAUAUUUCCUAGUUCUGUUGAUCCAGCAUUGAUUGUAGCUUUGAUUGUAAUAUUCUUUGAUGGACGAAUGUAACAAAUCUGAAUAAAUAUUACGAAGUUAUUAUUC